CCCUUUUCGGGUUGUUGAACGCUUGAACGGUGGAUUGCCCACAAAUAAAUGCUCCCUUUAUUGUUCACUGAUCAGCUUGCUGAGCCUGUUCACAAGCCCUCUUCUUCUCUCUCUCUCUCUCUCUCUCUCUCAGCAAUGGCGAUUUCAUGAGUGUAGUUCCCUUCUUUCUUUCUUCCUUUUUUGUUUAUACCGGACGAGUUUCUGUUGUGGGAAAUUCAAAAUUUCAGCAUUUUUUCUCUUUAGUUUGAGUUUUUGUUUUGGGUUUUUUUUCGUUGAACGAGAUAUUUUGUGGGGGCAGUGAAUUGGGAAGUUGGGGGGGAGAUCUGGAAGGAGAUUGGAAAUGGGUAUCAUCAGUACUGUAAUGGGUUUCUGGGGAUUUGGAGUAGGAACUUCGAUUGGGAUUGUUAUUGGGUACUAUCUCUUCAUCUACUUCCAACCCACCGAUGUCAAGGAUCCUGUGAUUCGCCCUUUGGUUGAACAAGACUUGAAAACUUUGCAGCGAUUGCUUCCUGAGAUACCUCUAUGGGUCAAAAAUCCAGAUUUUGAUCGUGUUGACUGGCUUAACAAAUUUAUAGAAAUUAUGUGGCCCUAUCUGGACAAGGCUAUAUGCAAGACUGUGAAGAAUAUAGCAAAGCCCAUUAUUGCGGAACAGAUUCCAAAAUACAAAAUUGAGUCAGUUGACUUUGAAGCGCUUACCCUGGGCUCUCUGCCACCAACGUUUCAAGGUAUGAAAGUUUAUGUGACCGAUGAGAAGGAGCUGAUUAUGGAACCAACCUUGAGGUGGGCAGGGAAUCCUAAUGUCACUAUUGGGGUUAAAGCAUUUGGGUUGAAGGCCACUGUUCAGGUGAUUGACCUGCAAGUUUUUGCUGCUCCUCGUAUCACCCUAAAGCCCUUGGUUCCAAGCUUUCCUUGUUUCGCCAACAUAUAUGUUUCUCUCAUGGAGAAGCCACAUGUUGACUUUGGACUAAAACUACUUGGGGCAGAUGCUAUGUCCAUUCCUGGCCUGUAUAGGUUCGUCCAGGAGCUUAUCAAAGAUCAGGUUGCAAAUAUGUAUCUAUGGCCCAAAAGGCUGGAAGUUCCAAUAAUGGAUCCUGCAAAAGCCAUGAGGAAACCAGUUGGGAUUCUCAAUGUGAAUGUUCAGAGAGCAAUAAAGCUAAAAAAGAAAGAUCUGCUUGGGGCAUCAGAUCCUUACGUGAAACUAAAACUUACAGAGGACAAGCUUCCAUCAAAGAAAACGACUGUGAAGCACAAAAAUUUGAAUCCUGAAUGGAAUGAGGAAUUUCAUAUGGUUGUUAAAGACCCAAAAUCUCAGGCCUUAGAGGUUAUUGUAUAUGACUGGGAACAGGUUGGUAAACAUGAAAAGAUGGGCGUGAAUGUCCUUCCAUUGAAUGGACUUGAACCUGAUGAGGCAAAAGUUGUUACUCUUGACCUGCUAAAGAACAUGGACCCAAAUGAUGCUCAAAAUGAGAAGUCCCGUGGGCAGCUUGUUGUGGAAGUGACGUACAAACCAUUCAAGGAUGAUGAAACGCAAAAUUACUUUGAAGAUGCAAAUGCCGUGCAGAAGGCCCCUGAAGGAACACCUGCAGGUGGUGGUUUGCUUGUAGUCAUCAUCCAUGAAGGUCAAGAUCUUGAAGGAAAGCACCAUACAAAUCCAUUUGUGCGCCUGCUUUUUAGGGGGGAGGAGAAAAAGACAAAGUAUGUAAAGAAAAACAGAGAUCCAAGAUGGGACGAGGAGUUUCAGUUUAUGCUAGAGGAGGCCCCCACUAAUGAUAGAAUUCACGUGGAAGUUGUUAGUGCCUCAAGUAGGAUGGGUUUACUACAUCCAAAGGAACUUCUGGGUUAUGUUGAUAUAAACCUAUCGGACGUUGUCAGCAACAAACGUAUUAACGAGAAGUACCAUCUCAUAGAUUCGAGGAAUGGACGGAUUCAAAUCGAACUUCAGUGGAGAACUUCAUCUUGACAGUAUCCCAUUUUGUUCUUGUAGCCAUUGUAGUUGAAUUCCUGUAAAUCUAUUCCUAUGCAGAGCAGUUAUCUGUUUCAGUUCUUAAAUGUUCUGUAAUUAGACUUUGGUUUGUGCAAACUCUUUAACUCCCUUAGACAGAUAACUUCUAAUAUGCUAGCGUGUCUUGGUUCAUUUUUAGGAUAUUAGAAAUAAAUGCUUCAGUUUGAAAUAA